AUUUUAACGUAAAUAUCCAAUUAAUUUUAAAAAAUUGGUUGAUGAAAACAUAAGCGCGAGUUAAAGUGAGGCAUACACCAGUGUUUAAAUAACAUGAAGAUAGCUAUAGUGCUCAGGUGAAGUGUGAAAGAGAGUCGUGAAAAAAGUGCGCGUGUUCGGCUGAGCAAAAGAAAAUUCAGAAUAGCAUACACAAGCCGCAGGCUGCCGUAAGAAAUUGGGCGUAAAAAAAACAAAGUAAAUAGCGCUACGAGUGAAAACAAAAGGUAGCGUUUUAAAGUUUUUAAUCGACUCUGUCAUAUCUGAAAGUCGGCCGUUGUAAUGUAUUAAGCGCGUUAGUCGACCCCCGCUUGUCCAACUCAAGUAGCGACCAUAAUGGCCAAGGCAUUGGCAGCCGAACCCUUCGAUGAGGAGCUGUUCGAGACGCGCCUGGAAGCCCUCAAGGACACACAGGAGGGCAUCCAGCAAAUGUCCACAUGGUGCCUACAGCACCGGCCUAAUCACAAAAAGAUCAUACAGUGCUGGCUGAAUGUCUUCAAGCGAGUGCGUGUGGACCAUCGUUUGGUGCUGUUCUAUCUAGCCAACGAUGUCAUACAAUAUAGCAAGCGCAAACGCUACGAAUUUGUCGAGUGCUGGGCCACGGCCCUCCAACGCGCCACCACAAUGGUGCGCGAUGAGCGCGUUAAAAGCAAAAUAUUGCGCAUCUUUAAGAUCUGGGAACAGCGUGAAAUCUAUAAUGAAGAAUUUCUGAGUGAUUUGAGCGGAUUGCUGAAUAUAGCGCCGCCCAAAAAAUCGCAUGCCAGUGCGGAUCAAACCGAUGAGUUUCAGAGUGUCGUCCUCAUUGCCAAUGUGCGUGAGUGCGUCGAGUUAUCGGAAGCCACGGAUAAGAGCUUCAAGAAAUUACCAAAGCCGCCCACAUUUGAAAUUGAGGCCAUCAAACAGCAACUAAAGGAUAAAAGUCAUUCGGGUGACAUUGAAAAGGAGUUGGAGCGUUAUGUGGCCUUCAUAACCGCCUACAAUAAAAAUCUACAAAAUGAGAUCAAAACCCGCAAAACAGUGCUGGAGAAUAUAGAUUUGGCCAAGAAGUUCUACGAACAUCAGCGUGGCGAGGUGAAAGUGGUGGCAAGUGCCUAUAAGAGUUUCGGCAAUCGCAUAAAGCUUGUCAAACGCAAACUGGAUGAGAUCAUACCAACUCUUUCGAGUCCCAUUCCCUCGCCUGACAUAAAUGCGCCCUCGCCGGAGCGUGAUGCAGAUUUGCAGUUGCCUGAUGACAAUAGCGCACCAUUAUCAAUUAACAUUUUCAAUACUAAUAUCAAUGGCUUCUCCGGCUAUUUGGAUGGCGGACAGCUGCCUUUUGACAUUAAUGAUUUCAAACGCGAAAGCAAGCUUGGGAACGGCUCCAGUCAACCCAUUGAGGUGAUUGGUUCUCGUUCAGAUGAUGAGAGCUACACGCCCUCAGCUAAUUUUUAUAAACCAGAGCCGCUAAGCAUUCCGGGCUUGGGCGGCAGCUCAGCACAAGCUUUUGGGAGUGCAAUCUCACCGCCUUUGCCUGGUAUUUUUGGCGACAGCAGCGGAGGUAGAGGUGCUGCUGAAUAUGCGCCACCAUUGUCGGACUAUGGCAGUCAAGAGCAUUCAUACACGCCCGCACCCUUGAACCCCAGCAGCAUGCCAGUACCCCCGCCACUGCCGCCAAGCAUUGCGCCCACAGCAGUCGGCGGAGAUGAUUUCAAUAACACCUGGGACUUAAACAUGACCUGGACGCCGCUGGACAGUCUCAAUAGCAGCAACGCCUCAUAUACGGGGCAAUCGACGCCACACUCGCCGCCUCAUUUUGAGCGUAAGGCGCACAGUGGCAGCAACGCACCCAUUGAGUACAGCGAGCACCAUAAUAGCUCCGUGUUGGGCGCGGAGGAUGUUGAUCAUCGCACGCUCCAACUGCCGCCGGCGUUCUCAUUCAAUACCAAGGUUCCGGUGAGUCGGAAUCUAAUAUCGUUGACUGGAUCGCCGGGUGGUGGCGAAAAGGAGUUCGGUGAUGUUGAUUAUCGUGUUGUACCAGGAAAAAUUGAGGAAAUCAGCGCUAUUCCCAGUUUGUCAAACAAUUCGCCUUCAAAUCUCAUGGCACCGCCAAGUAACUAUGCCAAAAAGGGAAGCUCGCCGCAUAAAAGCAAUGCCAGCUCUUCUUCUGAAUCCGAUCGCGUGGAUGGUUCAACGCGCUAUGAUCCCGCAGACAUGGUCGUUGACAUGGACAUGUCAGAUGAGGAUAUGGAUGAGUCGCUGCGAGAAGCCAACUCCAGUCAAGAAGAACUGGAUCAAUCGGAGGCACUUGGUGGCGAAGUUGACGCCAAUGGUGCUGCGCGUCCCGCGUUGCUUGCAACGCCGCCAGAGUUUCUUGGUUCGAGUGUGUGGGAUGAGAACAAUAGCUUUGGAAAUAUUGCAGAAAUGACCGAAAUGCAGCAGCAGCAGCAGCAACAACAACAACAAUCGCCACAGGCCUGGAAUCAAAUGCAAAUGCCACCACUCAUGCCUUGGAAUGGGAAUGACGGCAGCAAUGGGCCGGCCCCACCACCACCCAGGCCACCAUUUGGACCACCGUUUGGGUUCCCGCAAUUCCCAGGACCUCCCGGCACUGGCCCUGAUGGUAAUAUGAAUAUGCCCAUGCGCGGUCGUGGGCGUGGCCGUGGCUGGUCUGGACCAUAUCGUCCCAACUUUCAGCGCAUGCCUGGCAAUGGUGGCGGCAAUUUUGAUGGGGCGCCACGUCCGUUCUUCAACCGCGGACGUGGUGGACGCGGACGUAUGCGCGGUAAUGCUUGGAUGUAAUUAUUAAUUAUGCAAAUAUAGAAACAUGAGCAAACACACAGACCUAACGCAACAGAAAUUAAGGAAAGGUUUUGAGUUUAUACUUAGCAAUUGCGAAAUAAUUGCGAUUAUCUCAGCUGCUAGUUUUCAUUUAACGACGACGCAUGUA